AUUUUUGUUUAAAUAAAUUAUUUUUAAUUUAUAAUUAAGUACGGUAAUAUUUUUUCCACAAUGAUUUUGAUGCCAAAGGAUUCCGCAAAAUUUAUAAAUUUAUAUUCUAAAAAUGUUUUUAUUGAAAAUGAAGGAGUCAAAAAUGUUGCUUAUGCGGUUUUAAAAGGUUUUAAGGAUGGUAAAAUAAGUGUAAAUAAUUUUUCUCAAUGUCAAUUUCACCCUUCUCCUGAAGAUCCAAAAGCAGUUGAUUGGAUAUUUAUUUUGAAUACAUUAAAUUAUUCCUUUUGGAAUGAAAAAAAUUGUCCAAAAUGGACAGUUAAUAAUCAAACUGGAUAUUUUGCAUUAUGUGCUGCUAUUAAAAGAGCUAUAAAUGAGGGGAAACCUAUAGUUGAUCCCAAGUAUUAUUCUCAAAUAACGAGAUCCGAAGCUGAAUAUAUUUUUCGUGGCGAUACAGAAACUAAUAUUCCGCUGUUAGACGAAAGAGUAAAAUGCUUGCGAGAUGCUGGAAAAGUUUUAUUAGAAAAGUAUCAAGGUACUUUUGUUAACUGUGUCAAAUUGAGCUCUCACUCAGCUCAAAAUUUACUCAGAUGUAUAGUGAAGGAAUUUGAAUCUUACCAAGAUGAGGCAGACUAUAAAAUUCACAGAGGUAAACUUAUGUUUAUUCCGAUGAAAAAGAAUUGUAUUAAAAAAUUCUUUCAUGAAAGAGGCAAAUGCGAUAAUAAUUGUUUUCGUUUUUCAGUCAGUUUUUACAAGAGGGCUCAGAUACUGGUGGGCGAUAUUUGGGCCUGCUUCAAAGGGGAGGGGAUUGGCGAAUUCUGGGACAUAGAUUAUCUCACGAUGUUCGCCGAUUAUCGUAUUCCCCAAAUCCUCCUACAUUUUGGUGCUAUUCGUUACAGCAACACUCUCAUGAGUAAGCUAGAAUCUGAUAUAGAGUUAGAAAACGGUAGUGAUGAGGAAAUUGAAAUUCGUGGUUGCACGAUAGAAGUGAUCGAACGAGUCAAAUAUGAAGUGAAAGAUCUAAUCGAGCGUUGUCCUAAAGAGAAAAAAAAUCAGUUAAAAUCAAAUAUUAAUUCUGUUCUGAUCGAUCAUUUCCUGUGGAAUUAUCGGCGAGAACACGAAGUUGAAUUAGAAAUUGUACCGUAUCAUAAAACUAGAUGCAUAUAUUAUUGAAUACUGUUUCAACAAAAAAAUAUAUAUAUAUAUAUUUGAAAAUAGCAUAUCAAUGCAAUGAUUUUACAAGUUAUGAUCUUUUUUUAUAUUUUUUAUAAUUCUUUGAAAGAGAUAGUAUUUUUAUGAUUAUGUAGAAUAUAUCCAUAAAAGAUACUAGACAGUUAGACAUAUACACACACACACACACAUAUGUAUGUGCAAAUAUUCGAAUAAAAUAUG